CCCCGCCCGCCUCCCGGGAAGCGCGGGCACGGCCCCGCCGCCGCCGCCGCCCGCGGGUGGACGCGUCCCGCGCCCGCGGCCCCGCGCGCCGCGCCAGAUCCCCUCUUGCAGUCCGGGGAGGGUCCUGCACCCCCGCGAGCACAUCCCUCCUGGCACCCUGUGAUGGCCCCGGGACCUGCUGCCUCCCUGCCACCAGCUGGAGAGGAGAAACCAGCGGGGACUGCCGAGAAGGGGGACUAAUCCCCCAUCCAUGGCAGGGUGCAACCGCCCGGGGCUACCGGAGAGCAGCCCAGCGCCCGGAGCCUGCGCCCGUCCCUCCUCCCCCCACCGUCCACGCCGCUGCCCAGGAGGCUCCCGGUGAGCCCCAGCCAUGUAGGCGCAGCCUGGGGCUCCGCCGAUGGCCACUGUCAACAUGCAGCAGGGCUACGCGGCCGUCCUGUGUGUCCUGGCUGUGCUGGGGCUGGAGGCCACUGCACCAGGCGAAUGUGAGCUCACCCGCCUGCUCCAGGACAAGCUGCGGUACGAGAUGCGCCUGCAGUACAUGAAACACUACUUUCCCAUCGACUACACAGUCCAGGUCCAGUAUGAAGAGGUGCUGAGGCCCUCCAACAUCACCCGCCUGCGCAAUGGGACAGUGUCGGAGACAGCCCUGCGGUACCUCUGGUUCCACGUCAGCUCCCAGGCAGUGCUGCGGAUCCGCGAGGUGCUGCCAGAGAAGCACCCAUCCUGGAAGUACACCCAGGAGCUGUGCCAGCUCUUUGACGCCCUGGGUGAGGAGUACAGCAAGUACCGGCAGACAGAUGUGGAGGCGGUGGUGGCCGACCUGGUGAAGCUGGUCCACAGCGCGGGCGCUGAGAGCCGGAGCAAGGCCGUGCGCCCCAAGGCACUGCUGGACAACUGCCUCAAGGUCAUGCGGAUGCUCUACGGAGGGCCCUGUCGGUGGGAGUCCACCUAGCGCUGCAGAAGACCCUUUGCUCAACACCUUCUCCUUGCCUUGGAGCCUCGGAUGCUGCCUCUACUCUGCCGCUCCCAGCAGAGCCCCCGGGGGGUUCCCAAGGAAGGUGCAAAGGUGGGACAAAUGCCACCUCUUCUGGGACCACACAUCACUCCUUCCAGGACCGUGGGACUGUUCAUGGCCAUGGGGUCUUGCCCAUCCACAAUGCCUGGCACCUUCAGCACGAGUGUGGGGUCGGACACAGCCCCCCCAUGACGGGAGCUGCUGGAGGGGACACAUUGCCCUCCCUGCCCACAGGCAGGGUGAGGGCAUCACCCCGCUCCUCUUGGUUUGUACUUUUCCCUCAGCUUUCAUUAAACACCAGUUAAUUCUCUA